CCUUUCUACCCUGAAGCAAGACACUUCUCUAUCCUCGUCGCCUCAUCAGGUCCUCGCUGGAGUCAGUGCCGAGGGAAGUCGCGAUAGAACAGGGCUAACUUCGCUAAGAUUAAAACUUCAGAAUGGCGUCGCUCACCAACAAGACAGUGCUAGACCGAUUCCUGAGGCUGGACAUCCCUGACGUGAAGUGCCAGGCGAUGUACGUGUGGAUAGACGGCUCGGGAGAGAACGUGCGGUGUAAGACGAGGACGCUGAACUUCGUCCCCAAAGCUCCUUGUGAGCUCCCGAUCUGGAACUUCGACGGGUCGUCCACGGGCCAGGCCGAGGGCAGCAACAGCGACGUUUACCUGCACCCGGUGGCGCUCUACCGGGACCCCUUCAGACUGGGCAACAACAAGCUGGUGCUCUGCGAGACCUACAAGCACAACAAGAAACCCACGGAGUCUAACCAGCGAUGGAAAUGCCUGGAAGUCAUGCAGAAGGCGAAGGACCAGCACCCUUGGUUCGGCAUAGAACAGGAGUACACUCUUCUUGACUUCGACCUGCAUCCCCUGGGCUGGCCCAAGAACGGCUACCCGGGGCCUCAGGGGCCUUACCACUGCGCUGUCGGGGCCAACAAGGUCUACGGACGCGACGUGGUGGAGGCCCAUUAUAGGGCCUGCCUCUACACGGGCAUCAACAUCUUCGGCACAAAUGCUGAGACGAUGCCCGCCCAGUGGGAGUUCCAGGUGGGGCCGUGCGAGGGCAUUACGAUGGGCGACGACCUCUGGAUGGCGAGAUACCUCCUGCACAGAGUCGCCGAGGACUUCGGGGUGACGGUUAGCCUGGAUCCAAAGCCUGUGACCGGCGACUGGAACGGCGCCGGCAUGCACACCAACUUCUCCACGGAGGCUAUGAGGAAUCCCAACGGCAUUCUGGAGAUCGAGGCGGCCAUCGAGAAGCUCGGGAAGGUCCACUCAGAGCACAUCAAGGCCUACGACCCCCACGGAGGCAAGGACAACGAGCGCCGCCUCACGGGACGACACGAGACGUCCAACAUCCACGACUUCUCCGCCGGCGUGGCCAACAGGGGCACCUCCAUCCGCAUCCCCAGGGGCGUGGCAGAAGACAAGUGCGGGUACCUGGAGGACCGCCGCCCCUCGUCCAACGCCGACCCCUACGUCGUGUCCGAGAGGCUCGUCCGCACCAUCUGCCUCGACGAGAGUUAAGACGGAGAAACCAUGUCCACUCCUCUCGACAUUGGAAAACUUUCGUCGAACUUCAUCGAGAAAAAGAAGAUAAAGAAAAAGGAGAAGAAUAACAACAAAAAGAAAAGGAAUUAAUAGAAGUAAAAAAAAACAAAAAUAAAACAGAAAAAUAAGAAGAUGAAGACAAAGAAAAGAUGCCGAAACUGAUUCAUAACUUUCGAAAAUGAAUUGGCUACCCUCCUUCCUGUUCCCGAAUUAUGCAUAAUAUAUACUCUCUAUUGGGUGUAGCACCAAACAUGGCUACAGUGGUACACUUUAUUAGUGUAUAAAACCCUAUAAAGGCUGAAAGUACCCACAUUAUGUACCUUAAAGCCCUAAUGUCGAAAAAUGACAAGUCGUUAAACAAGAAUCUAUCAACAUAAGUAUGUAUUUUAUAUAUUUGUUAAUCAAAAGAAAAUUAUCAUUGUUACGUGAACGAAAUUAAUUAUCCGUUUAUCCAAAUAUUGUGCCAUAUGUGGCUCACACAUAUACACAGAUAUAUAUUUGUUUAUCUAUG